AUGCAAAAUGUUGGUAAUGCAAACAAUAUUGAUUCUAAUAUGAAAAAUAAUAGAUGCGAUGAAAAUAUGAAUAGACGGCAACAACAACAACCAUUUCAUCAAGACAUGAUAAACCCCAGUUUUAAUAAUGAUAAUAAUGAAAGUUCCGAUGAUUACAAUUAUAAUUAUUUAGAUAAUGGGUUUAAUAUGAAUACCAAUAACAGCAACUAUACGAUACCCAAUAGGAAAACAGAGCAGAAACAAUAUUCACAGCAGCAGCAGCAUACAAAAGGGAGAAGUGCUUCUCUAAGAGUUCAAAAGACUGAUAGUAAUAAGUCACAAAGGUAUAGUGCAGAAGACAUCUCUGAGUUUCUCAAUAAUGAACAACGAAAUAUAAACACAAAUGUAAGAAGAAGCACAUCAUUGAAUUCGUCAAAUCUUUAUAGAAAUAAUAAGGAUUCCUCUAAUCAUCAAAAGCCAUCUGCUACUCCUAAUCUACAAUAUCAUAUUAUGCCAUUUCCCUUAAGAAAAUAUCUUGCUGAUAUGGCUAAGUGUAAGAUAUUUGAACUAGUAGAAUGUGCCAGUGUUCCUGUAGAAAGAAUUCUCGACCAAGAAUAUUGGAAUACGGUUGUUACCAAAUGGUUUACUCCGGCUGCUACAAUUAAUGUCUCUAAAAAUACACAUAAUACACACAGACAUUUUAUUUAUCUUGCGAAAAUGUUUUCAGUAUUGUGUCAAGCAGAUCGAUAUUUAGAUCUAGAUAGGUUCGAACUAUAUCCCAGUCAAGUAUUUACCCAAGUAUUAAGCAAUGGAACGAUAUUUUUUUCCUGUUUAAGAUUAUCGUUUACUUAUUAUUAUAAAGAUGGAAGUUAUGUUACACAUUAUUCUCAAUUUAAAGGUGUAUUUAAUGCUAAUUUUAUGAUUGAAUGGAUGGAUUUCGGUGUACAUAGUUUUGUUCCUGGAAUUGAAUGGAAUGCAUUGGAGAAAACAAUAAGCACAUUGCAACCUUCGGCAAACGAGCCUAGUGAAGUUACACCAAAUGAUCCGUACAAUUCACAGUUUCAUACAUCAUUAAAUAGCAAUAAUGGUAAUCCUAAUAAUAAUACUGAUAGUAAUGAUCCAGAAAAAGCUCAAGAUGAAACAAGACAAAAAUUUGCUACAAUUACGAAAUUAAGAUCGAAUUUUGAAAUGUUUAGAAAUAUCUCUGCAUUAGGUGUACAUUGUGACAUUGUGAGAGCUCUUCAGAUUAAUGAAAUAAUGUCGGAUUUAAGAUUUGUAAGAAUCUUUCAACGAAUGCAUAAUAUCGGCAGUCCCUUAGUAGCUUUACAAUCAUUUGUAGACGAAAAAGCACAGGAUAUCAAGGCAUAUCAAGCAGCUGUAAAUCAAAAUAUGGUACGGGUAAGGUCUCAGACUCAAGCGCCAAACUCUAAUUUAGACCUGUCAUAUAUCCCAUCAAAUAAUAUGGAAUUAAAUAAUCCUAAAAAUUUAGGAUGA